AUGGCAGACAAAAUGUCUGGCAACUCCACAUUUGAUUUGGAAAACUCUGGUGUGUCAUCCACACCAAUGCCGACAAGACUAUCAACAGGGGUCUCCAGGACCCCCACAGAUAGCCGUUCAUCCAAAUUAGUCAGUGUCACUACAACAGGGACCCCCAGGACCCCCACAGAUAGCCGUUCAUCCGAAUUAGUCAGUGUCACUACAACACUUACAGGGACCCCCAGGACCCCCACAGAUGGCCGUUCAUCCAAAUUAGUCAGUGUCACUACAACAGGGACCUCCAGGACCCCCACAGAUAGCCGUUCAUCCGAAUUCAUCAGUGUCACUACAACAGGGACCCCCAGGACCCCCACAGAUAGCCGUUCAUCCGAAUUCAUCAGUGUCAUUACAACAGGGACCCCCAGGACCCCCACAGAUAGCCGUUCAUCCGAAUUCAUCAGUGUCACUACAACAGGGACCCCCAGGACCCCCACAGAUAGCCGUUCAUCCGAAUUCAUCAGUGUCACUACAACAGGGACCCCCAGGACCCCCACAGAUAGCCGUUCAUCCGAAUUCAUCAGUGUCAUUCCAUCAAGUAAGGCACAUGGGACCCUGCCUCAUCUAUCAACUAUUGUAGUUGAUGAUUCUCAGAAGAAAAACAAAGAGGUUCCUGACCAUGAUGAACUGUUUGUGGAUGACGAGUUAAAAGGAAUGCUAGCAUGGGCUGUUGUGACAACCAUCAUCAUCAUUUUAAUUCUUCUAAAGCGGUGGUUAUUGGCAAAGUUGAAGUGCCAGUGUUGCAGUUGCGUACCCCCAGCACCAUCAACUUCUGAUACCCCAUCUGUACCCUCAGCACCACCUUCAACACCUGUAUCAUGUUCUACACACUUGAAUCCAACAUUCACCCCGCAGACAGCUGGUUUGGGAAUCAACUUGAUGACACAUACUCCUCCUUCCUUGGCCACAACCCCCAGCACAAUCAGUCCUACCCCUCCAAGCACUGUGAGAUCUACUAAGCCCCUGAUAAGUCCUGAGGGAGGAGUUUCCUCUCGUACAAGAUCAAAGACACCGAGGAGACUUAGCCUUUAG